AUGGAUUGUGUUACAAGAUACCCAGAAGUGGUGGCUAUUUCUAAAGCUGAGCUUUAUUACGCGUGGAAUAAAAGAGGAAAAGAUCGACUACAAAUUACUGGCAAGUAUGACUUGAGAACUCUACCAGAAACCCUUGUUUCUACUACUACUGCGACCGAUGUGUUACCGACACACUACCGACGUUUGCAAGAUAUAAAUUCAGCAGCGAUUAUAGGGUGUCCAAAGGCCCUCGAACCUUCCAUCCAUCCAGCAUAUCGAAUAAAGGCCACAUCAGUUGUUUUAUGGGGAAUUUCUCUUACCGGAAAAGAAAUCAAUUCCCCUAGAGAAGAGGUUCUUGAUAAUGUCGCUUUGACCAGGGCUUACAAUAAUAAUAUUACAAGCUAUGACUAUGAUGCCAGUAUCUAG